AUGUUUGGUGGGGGACUACAAGUUGAUAGACGUGGAUCAUCUAAUACAGCAAAUGUUUACGUUCCACAUCCUCCUCCUCCAUCCACACAUGGUGAAGGUUAUCCUUAUCGCUCACCACCCUUUAUUGGUACAUGGGAAAACCCAAUAGGAAUGGGAGUUAAAAAAAAAAAAAGCCGGCAGGCCGUCCAAGUCCAAAGGAAAAGGUCUUCUUCUAGGAAAAAACAGCCCAUUCAACUCAAUCCCCAUUCUAGGAACCAUUUUGUAAUUAAACCUCUAUCCAACUUUGACCUUAUGGAUUGGAUAAAAAGACUUGGUAUUAAACAUUUCAGAGGAAUAUACAGUCGUAAUGGACUACCAAAAAAGAUUAGAAAAGAAUGUGGAAUAAUAAAUCUAGAUGACAUGACAGGCCCUGGAACACAUUGGGUCUGUUAUAGAAAUUUAGAUAAUGUAGUUGAGUACUUUGAUCCAUUUGGACUGAUAAUGCCAAAUGAAGCAUUAGAGUAUUUUAAUACUUCUGGAAAACGUAUAGUGUACUCAAUGGAUGAAAUACAAAAUCGCAAUACUGUUCUCUGUGGUUAUUGGUGUUUAUACUAUUUAUUUGAGCGUCAACGUGGUAAUAGUAUUCUAGAUGUAAUACAUAACCCACAUUUUGAUAAUGACAACAGUGAUUUUAUAAAAGCAUACUUUGGAGGAUAA